AUGACCAGCGGCCUCAAGGAGCAGCAGACCCUCCUGGGCCACCAGGGCCGCGUCUGGUCGGCGGCAUGGUCACCGGACGGGAAGUAUCUCGCGACGUGCGGAGAGGAUAAGACGAUAAGAAUAUGGAAGUUCGACGACCAGCUUCAGCGGUGGGUGUGCUCCGCGAUCCUAGAGGAGGCCCACCAUCGCACCAUCAGAUGUGUGGCCUGGUCCCCGCGACAUCCGUACCUGGCCGCCUCGAGCUUCGACGCGACAACGUCCAUCUGGGAGCACCAGGCGGGGUCGUGGGAGCAGGUGGCAACGCUGGAGGGCCACGAGAACGAGGUGAAGUGCGUGUCGUGGGCGCCGCACGGGCAGAUGCUGGCGACGUGCGGGCGUGACAGGAGCGUGUGGAUCUGGGAGGCGCUCCCGGGCCACGAGUUCGAGUGCGUCGACGUGAAGCAGGUUCACGACCAGGACGUGAAGUGCGUGGCGUGGCACCCGAGGGCAGAAGUGCUCGCGUCCGCGAGCUACGACAACUCGAUUCGACUGUGGCAGGACGACGGCACCGACACGUGGAAGUGCCUUCAAGUCGUGAAGACCGCGAACCUCGGGCACACGUCGACGGUGUGGUCGUUCGCGUUUGACCGCACCGGCGCGCUGUGCGCCAGCGGCUCUGACGACUUGACGGUGAAGAUCUGGGGCGUUGUCGACGAGGACGGGUGUGGCUGGCGCCUCCAGCACAAGUGCACCCUUUCGGGCUACCACACGCGGCCCGUGUUCUCCGUGGACUGGUCGGCGACGGGCGCGCUCGCCACUGGCUGUGGCGACAACGCCGUCCGCGUGUUUGCGUUGUCAGAGGACGGGUCCGACGCCACGCUGGUGCACUGCAGCGACAGCGCGCACCAGGCGGACGUGAACUGCGUGCAGUGGCAUCCGAGCGACCCGAAUCUGCUGGUCUCGUGCUCGGAUGACUGCACGGCGAAGCUCUGGAGGGUUGGCACAACGGAAGGCCACUAA